AUGUCUGCAAAAAGCUCUCCCAGAUCUAGUACCAGCUCCGACCAGAGGUCAGACCUUAGUUUGAACCUCUCACAAGCUUCCUCCACCGCUGUCGCUGCACCUACACACCAACCGGGUAUCGCUUCCAGAACUCACGCACGAAGCGAAAGCCCACGCCGACGAUCCAUCCAAUUCAAUGUCAGCAACGCAGAGACACAGCUACCGAGCCGCUCCAGCAGCACCAAGGGCAAGCGCCUUUUCUACGGAGAAAUGCCGGCGAGGGACAUGGACGUGGAAAGAGAAUCGCGCCAUUUACCAGCUAGUCGAGGGCCCUCACCACCACCGCCAAAGACCUACGAACGAGGCGUUUCAUUCAACACGUUUGACAAUCGGGAUGCGGCGGACUUUUCGUUGACCCUCAACUAUAAGCACAAAGGCUAUCAGAGCACCCGACGAAGUCGAACCUUUCUAUGCGGAACAGAUCAGAAUGACUACUCCGACUUUGCUCUCAAUUGGCUGGUAGAUGAGUUGGUUGAUGAUGGCGAUGAAAUUGUUUGUCUCCGUGCGGUAGAAAAAGACUCCCGCAUGGCGAGUGAUGCUGGAAUUGAGGAGGGGAACUAUCGACGAGAGGCAGAACGACUGUUCGAGCAGGUCAUCCAGAAGAACAGCCAGAACGAAAAGGCGAUCAGUUUGGUCUUGGAGUUGGUGGUCGGAAAGGUGGAGGAGAUUAUACAAAGAAUGAUCCGGAUCUAUGCGCCUGUGAUGCUCAUCGUCGGAACGCGAGGCCGAAACCUCCAAGGCGUUCAUAGUCUUCUUCCCGGUUCUGUUUCAAAGUACUGUGUCCAGCAUUCCCCUAUUCCGGUCAUUGUCGUUCGACCGUCCCUGAAGCGCGAGAAGAAAAAGAAGAAGCGUCGUGCGGAUCCUGGUCGCCGGAGCUACAAUCACCUCUUGGAGUUGAGUCAAAAACGCGGUAUUCGAGUCUUCGACCCCAGUCCCAGUACAGAUCGAGGCAUUCUCAAGCUGCCAGACGAGGAGGCUGCGGUUGCCGAGGCGCUGGGACUGCCACCGUCAUAUUCACGCAAUCAUUCGAGAAGCUCCCUUUCUGUGUCUGAUCGAAGCAGUCUCAGUACCGAUGAUUCAGAGCCCUCACCACCGGUCCCUUAUUCUCUUGAUUCAGUCGUCAUGAGCAGCCCCUUGGGUGGUAGCCCUGCGAGUUCUGAAGAGAAUGUGAUAGAUAGCAGACCCCCGCGACGGCCAUCGUCGCCGCGGCCACAGCCGCGAUCGCGCUCCUCGUCUCCAGAACCGGACUCAUCCGAAGAGUCGGAGACACCAAGCAGAGAUGAGGGCCAAAUUAACUCCGUUUCGGAAAGUUCUCAGACCGAGACGGACACCAAGGUGCCACCGAUACCCGUGGUGAAGAUCUCCGACGAAGCGGGUGAGAGGCAAGAGGUCAAUGCGGAUUGA